AUGUCUACUCCCUCUUCUUUAACCCCCAAGCUAGAAGUGCCACGGUUCAAUGGAAAGGACUUCCAAGCGUGGCGAAUUCGCUUCCAAUUGGCCUCCACUCUCCUAGAGUGGUGGCCCGUUUACUCUGGUUCUCUUUCUCCUCCUACCUCCGAAGCCCCUCCCACAGAGCAAACCGCGUGGAUAAAGAAGAAUGCCGAAGCUUACCUCUACCUCCUCAACUCCGUCCAAGAUCAAUAUGCCAAGUCGUUGCUUACGUGCGCGAGUCAUCCCGACAGUGCCAAGCGCGCAUGGGAGAGGCUCACAAGGCUUCAUCAACCUCGCACCGACAGCACCAAAGCGGAAAUGUGGGGCAAGAUUUCCAACCUACGGAUGGAGAAAAAGGAGACGAUUCCCGAGUACUUGGAGCGCGCGGAGAUUCUACUCAACGAUGCCGACGUCAUCGACGUCACCGUUCCAGAGGAGCUUUUCAUCACCAUUCUCCUUGCGGGGCUUUCACCGGAGUAG